AUGACAGACGACCAAGCCCACUGGUUUCCAAUUAUCGUCGCACAGUUCAAGGAGUUGUGCCGAGGUGGAAAGGGCGCAGUCCACGUCCUUAAUCCCAAAGCCAUGAAAUGGUUCGAAAUCAAAGAACCCAUUAUUAGACUUCCAACAGCGGCCGCGCAGUCCCACUCUGGCAAUGACAUCGACCUCAGCAACAUUCGGUGGUUUUCGGUCUGGUCGCGAGAGUUACCCAUUCAAGGCGACGCCUUGUCUGGCUUUUACACCACGGCGCAUCUUGAGGCCUUCGCGGCGGAUCCGGUUUCAUUGGUUGGGCGUCUUUAUCAGAAGAGGUUCCGAGAAUUUGAAGUUGGGUGUCUAGAUGAAGUUUUGCCACAGCGGUACCUCGAGCUGUUGGAGAGAUUUCAGAAUGCAGACGAUAGGGAUGAUUGUCUUUAUGGCCGCCGCGGACGUCCGAUUUUUGACGGUGUUCUGGACAAUGUUUUGAUAAAACUUGGAACACAAAGUACAGCGGUAGCAUCUUCUUAA